UGUGUGUACGGAUAACGGGUCACGUUAUGAGGAGCCAAUAUCUUGAGACGUGAAGCCCUGGGACGACGAGACGGACAUGGCCAAGCUAGAGGAAGCCGUGCGAGGCGUCUCCAUGGAAGGCCUCACCUGGGGCGCCUCCGAGCUCGUCCCGGUUGUAUACGGGAUCAAGAAGCUGCGGAUCAAGGUGACCAUCGUCCAAGACCUGCUCUCCCUCGACGACCUCAUCAACCACCACCUCUGCGCCCACCCGGUCAACCAGUUCGUCCAGAGCUGUAACGUUGCCGCUGAGUUGAAAAGAGUCACAAUUAAUGGCUAGUGUUUUGUUUAGUACUACUGGGUUUAUUCAAACUUGGUUUUCAUCAUUCCAGCUGUGUUUCGUCUGCUGAGUUACGACUGUCGAUAUGUGAUUAAUUGGAGUAUCGCUGUUAAUUUGGUCUGUAAGUGUUUAGCAGAUGAUGAAAACAAGUUAUUCAGACGAUGAAACAAGCUGUGUAAGCUGUGUGCGAUCUGUCGCAGAGGCCGGAGGUUCAUUCAGACACUCCGUGUAUGUAUAAGAUAUAUGCAUUGAGAUAAUAAAAAGUUCCGCUCUCGAAAAGAAAUAUGCUAGCAGGUAGUGUGGACAGGCAAGAUCGAUG